AUGUACUUUGUUCUCUUGUUUUGUCCGCAAGAUUUACUAGCGAUCCAAUAAACACCCCCCCAAAACCAGAGAGGCAGGCAUGGCGAAUCCCACCAUGAAGGCUUUGAUCUCUGUUAUGGUAUCUCUAUUCCUUGUUUCGGCAACUUUUGCGAGUUCAGAUGCUCCUUUCAUCGUCGCUCACAAGAAGGUUAGUCUCAACAGGCUUAAGUCCGGCGCUGAAAGAAUCUCCGUCUCGAUCGACCUCUAUAACCAAGGAUCUGCGACGGCAUAUGAUGUAAGUCUAACUGAUGAUAGUUGGACCCCAGAUAUCUUUAACCUGAUCAGUGGUAACACUUCCAAGACAUGGGAAAGGAUUGAUGUUGGUUCUCUUGUGUCUCAUUCCUUUGCUCUGGAAUCUCAAGUCAAAACUGUGUUCUACGGUGCACCUGCUGUCAUCAAAUUCCGGGUCCCAACUAAGGCAGCACUACAGGAGGCUUAUUCAACUCCAAUGCCACCUUUAGAAAUCCUUGCAGAUAGACCACCAGAAAAGAAGUUUGAAUGGGCAAAGAGGUUGUUGGCAAAAUAUGGAUCGCUAGUGUCGGUGAUCUCCAUUGUGGUAUUGUUUAUAUACCUGGUUGCCACCCCUUCAAAAUCCAGUGCUGCAAAGGGAAACAAGAAGAGGCGUUGAGAAUCUAAGAUGAGAAACCAGCUUCAUGGAGUUGUUUCCUGUUGAAAUUUUUGGAAACAAAAACAUGCGCUUCAUGACUUUGCUCAAAGCUUUUUUAGUGAUUAGGACAUACUGUUUGUUAAAAGCCGAGUU